AGUUAAGCAGUUCUGCCUGUGACUAGGAAUUAAUGUAUAGAAAUAUAGACGGAGAGUUUAUAAACAGAUAAUGUGUUACUCGAGAGAUUUGUAAAAAAAAAAAGAGAAUUAUAGAUAAAACAUGUCUCUUAACUUUAUCUCUCACAUGUGGUUGGAAGAUGGUUUCCAUGCCAGUUUCAAAAUUAUAUCAGCAAAGAUAAAGUAGACAAUAUGUUUAUCGAGUAAAAUGAUAUAAGCGGCGUCUUGCAACAGCGCGUUUUACGUACACAAGUAGUAAUAUACGUUAACUCCAUGCGGGAUAAACACUGAUAAAAACUGUAAAAGGGGUCGGUAUGUAGGCUGUAUUUGUAUAGUAUUUUACCAGUUUGAACAACAGGUAAGUGUUGUAUGUUUUCAGGAAUGUCGGUGUCUGUAGCGAUUCCGAACGCAACCCGCCAGCUUGGGGAGGGGCCCCACUGGGAAGACAUCACAGGGACACUGAUGUUUGUGGACAGUUUGGAGCAGCAGGUGUUCAAGUGGAACGCAGUCAAUAAAGAAGUAUCUUCCGUAAAGCUGGAUGGGCCUGUGGGGUCAGUUGUACCGUGUCUGAAUGGAGGCUACCUGGUAGGGCUGGGCCGAACCAUUUCACACUUGGAUUGGGAGACUGGAGUCACCAAAAAACUGCAUGAAGUUAAUCCAAAAGGCUUUAACGACCGAUUCAACGACGGCAAAUGCGACCCUGCUGGGCGGUUCUGGACAGGAACUAUGGGUGGCCAGAUCGACGAAACGCCUCUCUUCGAGCCGAACGUUGGUAGUCUUUACAGCCUUGACAUCAAUGGGAAAUUGGUCACGCAUCUUAACAAUAUCACAAUAUCCAACGGAUUGGCUUGGUCCUCUGAUAACCGAGUAAUGUUCUAUACUGACACAGGUACCAGGAAGGUGGAGGCAUUCACGUAUGACGUCACUUCCGGCGAAAUUAGUAUGUAUCGAGUCCACAUGUACACCUGACCUAGAUUAUAUUUUACUAACAUAUAUUAAUACAGAAGAAUGUACAUAAUUUUGUUGAUUUCAAUAUCAUAAUUAUACAUAAUUACAAAUGUACAUUCAA